UGCAGGGCUGCCCUAGAGGGGCAAGCGGGCUGCGUGCGCGGGCACGAUUCGGGGCUAGGCGCUCGGGAGAUAAAUGUCUCUUGAAAGUUUCAUUUCUAGGCAAAAAUCUUAAAAGAUAAAAAAAGCAGAAGGUCGGCUAUCCCCACGGGCACCAAAGCAUAAGUGUCUGUAAUACCGAGGAGGGGGAGUCAAAUGAUUCUUAAAUGGAUUCCUCCUUCAGCCGAUGGUUGCCACUGGUUCCCAUUGUGUGGUACCCCAUGCUCCCAUCCGUUUUCAAUACAACUUUGAGUAACACCAAUCCCUACCUUUUACAGGAAUCAAUCUCAUCUGUGCCUCUAUGUUUACAUGUUGUUAUUAACCCUUUCGAGCCCUUUUAUCAUGCAUACACCCCUCCCUCUCUUUUUAUGCACUGUUGCAUUCUCUGGUUCCCACCCAAUUGACGCGAAGACUGUGUGUGCAAUGUAUGGAACCUAAUACGAAUUGAAAAGGUUAUUGCCAGCUGCAGGGCAGCUGAGAGAGAAGGAACGAGGGAGGCCAAGAUGGAGGUGUGGUUGAGAAGAAGAAUGUGCCUGUGGUAGGGAAAGCUGAGGAAAUGCCCUUUCUCCAAGCUGUGGUUCUUUAUGCUCACUGAAAGGAAUGGAAAAAGAGCUGUAGUAAGGGCUGUGAACGGCGAGGAAAUGGGUUUUUGUACAUCUCUGAAGGAUCAGUAAAUGGGAAAGAGGAUGAUAAGUAGUACCCUUUCUCCAAGCUGGGUCUUUAUGCUCAUUGAAAAGAAUGAAAAAGCCAUAGUAAGGCCACAAAUGGUGGGCGAACUGAAUUUUUGUACAUCUGGGAAGGAAGAAUAAGCAGAAAGGGGGAAGAUAAGCAAAAAGGGGUACUCCGUGUGUGCAGCAAACAUAGUACAUGAACCAAGGUGAUGUGCAAGAAUGAAAUCAGGUGAGGAUGACAAGAAUGCAGCCGGAUAAACACUAAACAUGAAGCAAAACAGCACGAAUAUGCAAAGGACGAUGGCUAGAGGUGCAGGAGGAGGAAUGAAAAAAGGCAGCCUGCUUGUACAUGUCCAGGAUUGGGGGAAACUGGCAUGGCCCGGGCGCUUUAGGUGUCCCCUGCCGGGGCCCUGCUCAGGAAUGCGUGUGCAGCCUUGGCGUGUGUUUGUGUGCGUGCAGGAGAUUGGCCAAUCCGGGCAAGGAAGGGGGAGCAUGGGGGUGUGGCGGUUGGCAGCAGGGUGCACAUCCUCCCACUUUGCACACACACAAACGAAUACACAAAGAGCUGCACCACGACCUUCCAGUAUAUUAAUUAUUAGUGCCGUUAUGUAUGAGUGAGAUGCAAAACAAGAUGGACUUGUCUCACUGAGAAACGCCUGGAAGUGGGCUGCUAUGUCAUUCAGUGCCACCAUCUUGUUUUCUCCUCCUAACGCCAAGGAAGCGAAAUGCUGCUGUUGCACCUGCAAGCAAGAACCAGCAGCUCAGACAAGUGCCCCACCGCCGCUUCCACCGCCUCCAUCCCCACCAUGCACCCCCAUCACGGUUACGGGCUCCGGACUGGCGUUGCAGUCUCCGGACCAGCUCCUCCACAUCAUCUACCAACGUGUGGAGAAGGCUGCCAGUCUUGCGGAAGUGGCAUUGAGCUUGGCGAAGGCUAACAAUGAAGCCCUGAAGCGCCUGGAGGAGGAUGUGGGAGCCCUGCGCCGAGGGACACCCCCGAGCCUCAAAGCCAGCCCACCGUGUGUUCCUGAGGAGCAUCAAGAAGAUGCCGAAGGAGAAGAAGAGGAAGAACAAGAGGCAGAAGGCUUCGGGAACGGCGUCCAGGUGGUCAUUGAAGAACUGCGGCAGUUGGGUGCCGCUGCGGGGCCACCAGGACACUUGGGUUUCUCGCCGGUGCAGCUGGGAACUGGAUCCGGAGGGCUUGCCGGGGUAGCAGAAAACUCUUCCGCAGGAGAUGCCUCUAUGCAACGGGUCUACGCUACACCCUCUUCACCAACCCCUCAUGAGUCAGCUCUACAGUCACUGGAUGAUUCUCUCUCGUACGCGGAGGUCUCCCCUAACAGCACCACCUUGGAGGACUCCAUGCAUGGGGAGCCACGUUUCUCUUUGGGCUUUGCAAGUCUUCCUUCUAGAAGCCGAAGUAGCGGACAGAAGAACGCAAGGCGCAAGAGGGAUCUAGUCCUUUCAAAACUGGUUCAUAACGUUCACAACCAUGUCACUAAUGACAAGAGAUUUGAUGGGUCUGAGAGCAUCAAAUCUUCAUGGAAUAUCUCUGUCGUGAAAUUUCUGCUUGAAAAACUAAAGCAGGAAUUGGUAUCAAAUCAGCAUAAUUAUACUGACAAAGAACUAAAAGGUGCUUGUGUGGCCUACUUUCUGACCAAGCGACGGGAAUAUCGCAAUUCUCUCAACCCUUUCAAAGGACUCAAGGAGAAGGAAGAGAAGAAACUCCGCAGCAGACGCUAUCGGCUUUUUGCAAAUCGUUCAGGGAUGGCACGCCUGCUUAGCCCCGAAGACCAGUGUAUGUGGCAAAGUGUAACCGAGGAGCUCAUGUCGGACGAAGAAGACAGCAUGAGCGAGCCAGGUGUGUGGGUAGCACGGCCGCCACGGUUCCGUGCAGCACCCCUCACUCGCCUCUGCUACCGACUGGACGCCAACUCAAAGCACGGCACCAAAGCAAAUCGAGUGUAUGGGACGCCCUCUGAUCGCCUGCCCUCUGCUGAAGUCCAGCUCCUGCCCCAGCAUCUCUAUAAUCCCCAUUUCCAAGAGGACGAGUCUAAGGCUGGCACAUCUCCUCACCCUCCCAGCCACAAAAGCUUCUGCCCUGACCUCAGCUCUUUUGUGGAGAUCAAAGUGGAAAAGGAUGAGUGACCGUCAUAGAAAGUCCUGAUCUGGUCUAAUAUGUCAGCCAGAGUAAUGGGGAGGGAAUGAGAGGGUCAGGUGAAGCACUUGUGGCUAUAGCUGAGCUCAGCUUCUUCCUCCAGCUGAAUAGGGAAACAAAAUGAACUGCCAUGCUUCAAAUAGGUUUUAUGGACUAAGACACCGCUUCACAGGAAAACCUUGUGGAUAACACUGGAAAAGGGAAGCCUUUACCAUUAAAAUGGCUGAUCUAUACACAGCAACUGUGAACGUGAGUGGUAUAGGAUUACGAAAGGGAAAAGCCUCUCCUCUGAGCCCAGAUUAAGGCACUUGAAAGUAAGAAUCGUCAUAAAAACUAAUUGCAUGGUGGGUGUUUGGAUCAGAAACUUGGGAUAAUUCUUCUAACCCCACAAUUUCUUUAGAUUGCCUUCCUGGUAGCAGAAAACCAUCUGUAGAAAAGUUACUGGAAUGAUAAGGAAUGUUUUCUGUUUGGUGGAGCUGUUUUUUGGACCAUGGGUUAACCUGCUAACCCUUAGGAGAAUACUGCAGGUCUCUUGCUAGACUUCUUCAUGAAUAUUCAAGAGCCAAGAUAAACAGUCCUUACUGAAGUUACUUGACUGCUCUCAGCUGCAUCUGUGUUAGAUGCAUGGGAAAUUGUGUGUCCUGAGUUUUCUCUUGGGUUCCAAGGAAUAAAAGAAUAAAGCAACUUGGCUUGAGGGAAA